AUGACAGUGGAUAUGGAGCCCCAACUGCGAGAGGAAACUGGCCGACGAGAGGAAGAUGGCAGUGGAGAAGCCACCGCCAAACCUCUGCCAAUGAGAAGAGGCUUCAAGUUCUGGACCAUCAUCUUUGCGCUCUGUGUGACUGGUCUCCUGGGGGCACUUGAGAAUACAGUGGUUUCGACUUCAAUGCCAACAAUCGUGGAGGACCUGAACAUUGGCGAAAACUAUAUCUGGAUCACGAAUGCUUUUUUCCUAACCAGUGCAGCGGUUCAGCCCCUAUUUGGCCAGCUGGCGAAUGUCUUUGGUCGUCGAUGGUUAACAAUGUUUAUCGUCGCCGUCUUCACCCUGGGAAGCGGCAUCUGUGGUGGCGCAAAUAGCGCGAACAUGCUCAUCAUUGGACGCGCCGUUCAAGGGAUUGGAAGUGGUGGCAUCAACAUGAUCGUCGAUGUCAUCGUAUCGGAUCUUGUUCCAUUACGUGAGCGCGGAAACUUCAUCGCCAUCGUGCUCACCGUGUAUUCUAUUGGCAGCUCUAUGGGCCCGUUUGUAGGUGGAAUAAUUGUCCAACGAACCACUUGGAGAUGGGUCUUUUAUAUCAACCUGCCUGUUGGCGGGUUUUCGCUGGUGCUUCUGUUCCUGUUUCUACACACUCACUAUCAGCGCGAUACCACCUUUUCCCAGAAAAUUAAGCGCAUCGACUAUAUCGGCAAUGUCCUCAUCAUGGGGGCUACAGCAGCGGUGCUCUGCGCAUUGACAUACGGGGGCUCACGCUAUGCAUGGAGCUCGUGGCGGAUUAUCGUGCCGUUGGUGCUGGGACUUGCAGGGCUAGUUUUGUUUAUGGUCUUCGAACAAUCCAAGUUCUGUUACGAGCCCGUGGUACCACCCCGCCUAUUCAAGAAUCGAACCUCACUCGUGGUCUUCAUCAACACAUUCUUGUUCACAGUUCUUCUCUACUGGGUGCUGUUCUUCAUUCCGGUUUAUUUCCAGGCCAUUUUGGGGUCUUCGCCAGCCCGAGCAGGCGUUCAAAUGCUUCCUAUCACCCUCGUUGCGAUUCCUGGCGCCAUAAUUGCAGUUAUAAUCCUCUCAAAGUUUGGAAAGUACAAAGCCCUCCACCUGGCUGGUUUUGUCAUCCUCACACUGGGUAUGGGCCUGUUUGCCCACCUCGACCGCUUUUCCUCCGAUGCGGAAUGGAUCGUUUUUCAAAUCAUCGCCGCGCUGGGAUCUGGAAUGAUCCUGAACACCUUGCUUCCUGCCUUCCAGGCCCCUCUUGCUGAGUCGGACCAGGCGGCAGCCACGGCAAGCUGGGCAUUUAUGCGGAGCUUUGGCAAUAUAUGGGGCGUGGCUAUUCCCGCUAGCAUAUUCAACAAUCAGUUUGACAAAUAUGCAUCUCGUAUUUCAGAUGCUACUGUGCGACAAAUACUCUCCAACGGUCACGCCUACCAGCACGCGUCCAAUACAUUCAUUGACAGCCUAAGUGACUCGGUGAAGGACGAAGUUAUCGGGGUAUUUUCUGACUCCCUCAAGCUUGUCUGGGAGAUAUCGAUUGCUUUCUGUGGUCUUGCUUGUAUAUUGGUGUUUCUUGAAAAAGAGGUGCCUUUGCGAAAAGAGCUUGAGACAGAUUAUGGCAUGACAGAAAAGGACAAUAUUCAGGCAAAGCAGGGAGAUAUUCCCGAUGCUGAAAAGGCAGGCUCAGAGAAAUCACACACUUAA